AUGACAGAAGCAAUAUUCACAUUACUUUAUAGUGCCGACUAUCUUGCUGGUGCAUUGGUUUUGGGUGUUCAAUUACAAAAAAUUAGAAAAAGAUCAGCAAAAAGUAUUGUUCUUGGAAUUUUGGUUGACAAGUCACAGUUUACUUCUUCUCAGUUACAGUUGCUUGCGAGAUACUAUGACGAGCUAAAUGAUGUGUCACCAACUCUGUCGACUUUGCAUGAAAAAUUAGAGUGCGAAUUAGCAAGACCAGAGUUGAACAAAACGUUUACCAAAAUUGAGUUGUGGUCACUUCAACAAUAUGAAAAGAUACUUUAUUUAGACUCAGAUACACUUCCGUUGGUAUCGGAAUCAUCCUCUAGUAGUAUAGGAGACUUGUUGCAAUUGGAGUUUGAUGAGAACAAAAUAUUGGCUGCUCCCGAUAGUGGGUUCCCCGAUGUAUUUAAUUCUGGAGUCUUUGUGUUGAAACCUAGCCAAAAAGUUUACAAAGAGUUGCAGUCGCUAGUUGAAAAAUCGAAAAUCGAUCUGAGUGUUUCCUUUGACGGUGCUGACCAAGGUCUUCUCAACUAUUUUUUCAAUAGCAAACCAAAUUGGGUUCAGCAGUAUGUAGAGAAAGGAGAGAUAAAUGUGGAUAAUGUAGUUGAAACUAAUAACUGGAUAAAAAUUCCAUUUUUGUUCAAUGUCACACCUUCAGCAGCAUAUGAGUAUUGGCCGGCAUUUAAACAUUUUCAUAAAGUAGUCGACCAACCAGAGCCUAGUAGAGGUUGGGGACCAGGAGAGUAUGAUAACGAGUUACUUUCUACUUUUGAUACACUAAAUCGCUAUCGUUCUGCAGCAAUCCGCCACGUUCUGGGACAAUCAUCAUCAUCUUCUUCUUCUUCUUCUUCUUCACAGAUUCAAGUGAUGCAUUUCAUUGGACCAUACAAACCCUGGGCGUCUUGUGCCACGGCUCAUGGAAUUCACAAGGACUGGCUAAAAGUUUGGAUUGAAGAGUUUGGAGAGCGUUCAAUAUCCGAUGUUGUAAAUGAGGGUGUUUUACCAGACACAGAGAAGCAGAAUUAUCAACAUGAGCUGCAGCACUUGGUGGAGUAUUCUCCCUCAAAACCUAUUUCCAAUGAUGUCCAUGAUGAGGAACGGGAAGAUGAAAAGAAACAUCAACCUACAAACUCGGAUCCUUUUUCUUUACUUGAUCCAUCUCGCUACCAACGGUUCAAAGAUACCGCAAUACCCAGUAUUGAUGCAAUGUGGGAUGCAACAAAAGAGGCUCCGCCAAAACACAAUAAAAAAGAAUCAUCACAACCCGAACACGCGAAAGAUAAUGUCUUUGAGAAUCACUUGAAAGCUGCUCGUUACCACGACUGGGAUCAACCACAGGAAACUGUAGUUGCACCAGCAGAAAAGACUGAAAACAUUCAAAAAGAAGAGCAAGUGCUUGAAACUUAUGAUGCAGUGCAUACGCUUGAGGAGAAGGAAAAGAAUGAAGAAAAAGAGGGAGAGGCAAAACAGGGAGAGGCAAAAGAGGGAGAGGCAAAACAGGGAGAGGCAAAAGAGGGAGAGGACCUUGGUGCAGGUGCAGUUCCACAAGAUGCCAAAAAAGUGGCAUCUCAACCGCAACCAGAAGUGAUAGAACAGCCAGAAUUGUAUGGACAUAGAUACAUUGAGCCCGAACGAGUAUUCAAUGAGAGUUCAAAUUUUUUCCCUGUUCAUAUUCUUCAAGAUUUGGAGAAAGUCGAUAUCAGUCAAGAUUCUAAUACUUUUGUGUCUGAUGAGAUGAAAGUGGCGCAUUUGGGCGCUGAUGUAUCUAGAUAUAGCCAAAACAAUGAGAUUCUAGAGGAGAAGGGACUCAUAGAAACCCAUGGUUUUGACAAUAGUUUCACCGAGGAUCAAACACCCUCUCAUAUCCAAGACGAUGAAGAGUUUAUUCAAGUGACUCCGAAAUUGUUUCCCUGGGAGUUUCGAGAACAAUACAGACCAGAAAGAAGUUUUGAUUAG